GGUCACAUGCCCGCCCCUAGCGUCACAGGCCCCGCCCUAGACGUGCCGUGCGCCCUCGCCUUCGCCCUAGUCGUCAUCUUCCCGGUACAGCCGUUGCUUCGCAGCCAUGACCUCGACCUCCACCUCCACUUCCACCUUGCGACCGGGACCCCAAGUGUCCCUGUGGGGAGAAGACGGAAAGUCCCCGUACCAGAGGCUGAGCCAGAGGAUGCUGGACGUGACGGGGGACCGCGGGGUGCUCAAGGACGUGAUCCGCGAGGGCGCCGGCGAGCUGGUGGCCCCCGACGCCUCGGUGCUGGUGAGGUACUCGGGCUACCUGGAGCACAUGGACAAGCCCUUCGACUCCAACUCCUACCGGAAGACGCCCAGGCUGAUGAAGCUCGGGGAGGACAUCACGCUGUGGGGCAUGGAGCUGGGGCUGCUGAGCAUGCGCAGAGGGGAGCUGGCGCGCUUCCUCUUGAGUCCGCGCUACGCCUACGGGGCGCUGGGCUGCCCCCCGCUCAUCCCCCCCGAGGCCACCGUCCUCUUCGAGAUCGAGCUGCUCGACUUCCUGGACUCUGCCGAGUCCGAUGAGUUCUGCGCCCUCUCGGCCGAGCAGCAGGACCAGUUCCCGCUCGACAAGGUCCUCAAGGUGGCGACCACCGAGCGCGAGUUUGGCAACUACCUCUUCCGCCAGAAGCGCUUCUACGACGCCAAGGCGCGCUACAAGCGGGCCUUGCAGCUGCUGCACCGCAGGUCUGGGCCCCCAGAAGAGCGCCCCCUGGUGGAGGAGGCCCGGUUGCUCGUCCUGCUCAAUCUGUCCCUCACCUACCUGAAACUGGAACGCCCAACCGCUGCCCUGCGCUGUGGGGAGCAGGCCCUGCGCAUCGAUCAGCGGAGCGCCAAGGCCCUGUUUCGUUGUGGGCAGGCCUGCCUAUUCAUGGCCGAGUACGAGAAGGCCCGGGACUUCUUGGUUCGAGCCCAGAGGGAGCAGCCAUGCAACCAUGACAUCAACAAUGAGCUGCGCAAGCUGGCAUGGUCCUUGAUGUCCCCACAGCGAGAGCGAGGAGGCCGCUGGAGCAGACGGCGCUGUGACCUGUGUGUGUGGCCUGGGGUCCAAGUCCCGGCCUGGCUCGGGGUGGGGGUAUCUGGGCCCGUUCCAAAGUGGGAGCAUAGCUACUGACAAGUCUGAAAAUGCUAGUUAUUAGAAGCUGCUAUCUGGAUUUGCUUCUUUUUCUCUCUUUCAAAUUCUUUCACAGCGUUACUUUUUUGGCUUUUCUCCCAGCCGGCAACCCCCUGGCGGCUGAGGUCCCUGGGGAUGGGCACAUAGAGGGCUCUGUUUGGGAGAGAAUUAGGUUACAGAUGUUUUUGUUCUAAAUAAAUAAAACACUUCCUUGUCCUUGGAA